GUUGUGGUCCUAAUCAGAGGAGACGUUCAUCUGCUGCAACAGUUUCGGAUCUACAGUUUUUGGACCCGGUCUACACAUCGAACAAGCACGGACCGAAAAAAAAGGAAAGUGAACAACCAAGGACUAGACGGGGGCCUUCAUUCUUUUUGCACCAUUCUCACCAACGUCGCUCACCACUCCGAUUUUAGCAUGAUGUCAUAUCUUAAGCAACCACCUUACACGGUCAAUGGACUGAGCCUAACUACCUCUGGGAUGGACCUUCUGCAUCCGUCCGUUGGCUACCCAGCUACGCCUCGGAAGCAGAGACGGGAGCGGACUACCUUCACGCGCGCUCAGCUCGACGUCCUCGAGGCCCUGUUCGCCAAGACUCGUUACCCAGAUAUAUUCAUGCGCGAGGAGGUGGCCCUGAAGAUCAACCUGCCAGAGUCUCGCGUACAGGUCUGGUUUAAGAACCGGAGGGCGAAAUGCCGACAACAGCAACAGCAGCAGCAGAGCGGAGGACCGAACAAAAUUCGACCAGUGAAAAAGAAGAGCUCUCCAGCUAGAGAAGCGAGCUCAGAGAGUGGGGCGAGUGGCCAGUUCACACCCCCUCCCAGUACCUCAGUCCCUGCCCUCUCCACGAGCAGCGCCCCAGUGUCCAUUUGGAGUCCGGCCUCUAUUUCUCCUAUGUCCGAUCAUCUUUCUACUUCCUCCUCCUGCAUGCAACGGUCAUACCCCAUGACCUACACGCAGGCGUCAGGAUACAGUCAAGGCUAUGCCGGAUCUACUUCUUACUUCGGCGGGAUGGACUGUGGGUCUUAUCUGGCGCCCAUGCCUCACCAGAUACCCGGGCCGGGCUCAGCGCUCAGUCCUAUGAGUACCAAUGCGGUUACGAGUCACCUCAACCAGUCCCCGGCCCCUCUCUCCGCCCAAGGCUACGGAGCUUCGAGUCUGGGUUUCAAUUCUGCCCCCGACUGCUUGGAUUAUAAGGACCAAGCUGCAUCCUGGAAAUUGAACUUCAAUGCCGAUUGCUUGGAUUACAAAGAUCAGACCUCGUCGUGGAAAUUUCAGGUUUUGUGAAACGAACAAUUGCCAGCGAAUUAUACUUACAAUACAAAACGAUAAUGAAGUAGACAUAUAGUCUCUACAAGCCCUUAUGCAGACACGCGCGGUAAAGAGUAUUCUGAGCUAGCCCUGUAUGGGAUGGUGAAUUUGAGGUCGGUGGUGCCCCCUCCUUCACACAUUUUUUCGCCCUGUCGACAAAUUGGUGAGAGAAAUUAUAUUAUUCAGCAUUGGCCAUCGUUUCCAUACCGUUAACCUCGCAAAGAGGAAACAUGCGAGGGCCUCAUUAUCGUUUGCAUGUGUGUCUGCUUGUGUCUGUCAGUCGGUUAACGGCACCUGUUGUUUAAUUAAAAGAAAACGUGGAGUGAACUCUUCGUAACUUUGAUCAAAGCCACGGAACAAAUCGUUAUCAAAGAAGAAAAUGACCAAGAUCCAAUCCUUUUGGUUAAGUGCUUGGAAUGGGCAUGCGUUUCUUAAGCCUCUUAAAACUUGCCGACCUUCUUUCUGGUUGGCAAGCCGACGGACUCUUUGAUCAGUAGGCUACGGUGUGUGGACUGCGCGCCCCCGAGGCGAACUGGAUGCACUACUUUAUUUAAGAAA